AUGCUCACGUUUAUCUACCUUGCAUAUUCCAUGAUGGCCUUGCUGUACGAGACAGUUCCUAAUUUCGAAGACACGGAGGUCAAAUGUCUCGGCGACCUCGGUCGCUACGAGUUCCCGCAUGACCACAAGGUCGAGCAGAAGGAAUUCCUUCAGACUCAACGCUCUCUUCCGGAUGACUGGAAGCUGAGAAGUCUACUGUGGAACCACGACUCGUUCUUGUAUCCAUGA